UAUGCUUCGAGGGUUGUGUGGGACCCCUGAUGUACAGGAAGACAGGGACUUAGGUCAUGAACAAAUCCCUCACUCAAAACAAAGAAAGAUCGAUCUCUAUUGUCUAUAAAACAGUGGACUUCUGUGAAGGAACAUUUCCCUCACUCAGGAAAGGAAUGUGGCUUCUCCCGUGUGAGAUCUCUGAUGUCUGGAAAGAUUGAAACAUCUUUGAAAAACAUUUCCCGCACUCAGGACAGGAAUAUGGCUUCUCACCCGUGUGAGACCUUAGAUGUGUGACAA